GUGAUAUCAAGAAAAGAUCAGAGCAAUAUUGGGCAUGCAACGAUAAACCCUAUAACUUUGUGAGUGUCAGAGAAUUUGCAGAAGCGUUUCAGUCAUUUCAUGUUGGCCAGAAACUAGGCGAUGAGCUUGCUGUUCCAUUUGACAAAGCCAAGAGCCACCCUGCUGCUCUAACCACUACGAAGUAUGGUGUUAGCAAGAAAGAACUAUUGAAGGCCUGCAUAUCUAGAGAAUACUUGCUUAUGAAGAGGAACUCAUUUGUCUACAUAUUCAAGAUAACACAACUUAUUUUCAUGGCUUUCAUAGCAAUGACAGUCUUCCUACGAAGUGAGAUGCCCAGGAAAACAGUAACAGAUGGUGGGAUUUUCAUGGGUGCUCUGUUUUACGUGGUCGUCAUAAUUUUAUUUAACGGAUUCGCAGAGCUUGCUAUGAGCAUUAUGAAACUUCCAGUAUUUUACAAACAACGGGACCUCCUCUUCUUUCUGCUUGGGCAUACUCUCUACCCACAUGGAUCCUUAAGAUCCCAGUCUCUCUUGCUGAAGUUGCCAUUUGGGUGUCUGGCUUCAGGAAUGUUCCGCUUUGUAGGAGCAGUAGGGAGGAACAUCAUAGUUGCAAACACAUUUGGCACAUUUGCAAUACUUGUAUUUCUUGUGCUGGGUGGAUUCAUUCUGUCACGAGAUGAUGUGCAGAAAUGGUGGUUAUGGGGUUACUGGAUCUCACCUGUGAUGUAUGGGCAGAAUGCCAUAGCUGUGAAUGAAUUCCUUGGAAAGAGUUGGAGGCAUGUUCCUCCUAAUUCCACAGAACCAUUGGGACUGUUAGUCCUGAAGUCUCGUGCACUGUUUCCAGAAGCACAGUGGUAUUGGAUUGGAGUAGGAGCUCUGAUUGGAUAUGUUCUGCUAUUUAAUUUUCUCUGUACUUUGGCUCUAGCUUAUCUCAACCCAUUUGGGAAGCCUCAUGCAGUUCUGCCGGAAGAAACCUUGCCUGAGAGAAAUGCUAACAAGACCGGAGAGCUAAUAUCUACCGAACAAGGAGAAAGGAUAAAUGAAGUUCAGAAAACCGUAUCGCCCAGGUCAAGGUCAUCAAGUGUGGGCAGCACUGGUGAGGUUGAUCCUACCAGGAAGCGAGGAAUGGCUCUACAACAUCUUCCUUUUGAACCCCUUUACAUCACUUUUGAUGAUAUCAAAUAUGCAGUAGAUAUGCCACAGGAAAUGAAAGCUCAGGGUAUUCUUGAAGACCGUCUGGAACUUCUGAAAGGUGUAAGUGGUGCUUUUAGGCCAGGAGUGCUUACAGCUUUAAUGGGUGUUAGUGGGGCUGGUAAAACAACUCUGAUGGACGUCUUGGCUGGUAGAAAAACGGGUGGAUAUAUUGAGGGAAGGAUCACAAUAUCAGGGUACCCAAAGAAGCAAGAAACAUUUGCUCGUAUAGCAGGAUAUUGUGAGCAAAAUGAUAUUCACUCUCCUCAGGUAACAGUUUAUGAGUCCUUGCAGUAUUCUGCAUGGCUUCGGUUGCCUCCUGAAGUGGACAGUGGAACCAAGAAGAUGUUCAUUGAGGAAGUCAUGGAACUUGUGGAGCUAACCCCGUUAAGGGAUGCACUUGUUGGGUUGCCUGGUGUUGAUGGCCUUUCAACCGAACAGCGCAAGAGGCUAACGAUUGCGGUUGAGUUGGUGGCUAACCCAUCUAUAAUAUUCAUGGAUGAGCCAACCUCAGGACUAGAUGCCAGGGCUGCAGCAAUUGUGAUGAGAACAGUGAGAAACACAGUAGAUACAGGACGAACCGUGGUGUGCACCAUCCAUCAGCCAAGCAUUGAUAUAUUUGAUGCUUUUGAUGAGCUACUCUUAUUGAAAAGAGGAGGUGAAGAAAUAUAUGUUGGCCCAAUAGGCUUCCAUUCUUCCAAGCUGAUCAAGUACUUUGAGGGAGUCGAUGGAGUUAUUAAGAUAAGAGAUGGUUAUAAUCCAGCAACUUGGAUGUUGGAGGUGACUUCAGAUGCCCAAGAAGCAGCUCUUGGUAUUAACUUUGCCGAAGUAUAUAAGAACUCAGAACUGUACAGGAGAAACAGAACAUUGAUCAAGGAACUCGGUAUACCUGCACCAGGUUGCAAAGAUUUGCAUUUCCCUACUCAAUACUCGCAAUCUUUCUUCACACAAUGUAUGGCUUGCCUAUGGAAACAACAUUGGUCAUAUUGGCGAAACCCGCCUUACAAUGCAGUGAGACUUCUCUUCACUACUUUCACAGCUUUGAUGUUUGGGACAAUGUUCUGGGAUCUUGGCUCCAAAAGGAGAAGGCAGCAAGAUCUCUUUAAUGCAAUGGGAACUAUGUACACUGCUGUUUUAUUUCUCGGUGCACAAAACUGUAUAUCAGUGCAGCCCAUUGUUGCUAUAGAGAGAACAGUCUUUUACAGGGAAAGAGCCGCCGGAAUGUAUUCCGCUCUGCCUUAUUCUUUUGGACAGAUUGUGAUUGAGUUGCCCUACAUUUUCGUACAAACAGUCAUCUAUGGUGUCAUAGUCUAUGCCAUGAUUGGGUUUGAGUGGACAGUUACCAAUGACUCCGAACCACAGUAUUGCUGCCAUAGUUUCAUCAGCCUUUGUUGCAAUAUGGAACCUCUUCUCCGGAUUCAUUGUUCCCCUGACAGUAAGAAACAAUACUUCGUAUAA